GACACACUGCGGAGUUCAGCAGAGAAGAGAUGAAGAGAGCUGGAGACACAGACCAAACCACAUAGCUGUAAACACACACGGACUCAGACUCACUGAGUUCAACAUCUGUCACUCAACGAGCUCUGCCGUGGACUUUAACACCACAUCUGUGAUUAUUUUGGGCUGGACCCCCAAUUUGACUGUGUGUAAACAUGCUGGGAGUUGAAAGUGAUGCACUGUUCGUUGGAUUGAUGCUUUGGAUGGGAACGCUUUGUGGACAGAUCGCAACCCAAGAUGAGACCAGAUCGACCCCACCACCCAGUCUUUCUCCAGCGAUGCAGGUGCCAGCCCCAAAAGAAAACCCCAGAGGAGUCACUUCCAUAGGGCAUGACUUCUUCGAAUCAGUCCUGUCUCACAAGGACCAGCUGCUGACUCAGAAGGGUGUUGCUCUUCCUAGUGGUUUACCCCCUAAUCUUGUGCCCAUGUUGGAGAAAGGGUUGGAAGCCGGGGCAGAGGCUCUUUCUCCAGAUCAGCCCCUCCUGAGGAAAGUGCUGCCUGCACACAGUGGCACUGUACUUCCGGCGUACGAUCUACCAACUGAACCGCCAGAAGCCGUUGCGACACCAAACUGGGACAACGAUGCCCCAACCGUACGUCUAGAUGAUGACCCCGAGCUGUCAGUCACGACUGCUGUCCCGACCGCUGUAAAUACUGAGCCAACAUCUGGCAUUAACACCCCAGCUGUAACCAACUGCAGGGUCAAUUUCUCCGACCCGGAGGGCUACAUUGAUUCUUCAGAUGACCCUCCGCUUCCAGAAGCAUCAUUCCUGCAGUGCACCUACACAGUGACUGUGUACACGGGCUACGGCGUGGAGCUGCAGGUCAAGAGUGUGAACCUGUCAGAGGGCGAGCAGCUGUCAAUCAGAGGGGUUGAUACAAGCGGAGCCCUGCUCAUACUAGCCAAUCAGACACUUCUGGUGGAAGGUCAGGUGAUCCGUAGUCCAACCAAUACAAUCUCUGUGUUUUACCGGUCUUCUCCAGAGGGGGCCGUCGGCAUGUUCCAGUUACAUUACCAAAUUUUUCGCUUGAGUUGUGCUCUACCCAGACGGCCUCAUUUUGGAGAAGUGUCAGUAAAAGAUCUGCAUCCAGGUGGCACUGCCCAUUUCAUGUGCCACAUGGGAUAUCACCUGCAGGGGGAUGCAACCCUCACCUGUCUCAAUGCUUCAUUGCCUGUGUGGAGCCAACAUGAGCCCACCUGCAGAGCUCUGUGUGGAGGUGUCAUAAAAAACGCCACAGUGGGUCGAGUUCUGUCUCCUUCUCCCCAUUCGGGUCCUAACAGCACUCUAGACCGAAGCUGUUCUUGGUCGCUGGAGGCCUUUAUUGGUCAGAGACUGCACCUUCAUCUGGAGAGAAUGGUGUUGGGUCCAACAGACAGGCUUGUCUUAUGGAGUGGUCUGGAUGCUGGUUCAGUGGUUCUGUUUGAUUCCGGGCGCGGUGGUCCGAUCCCAUUUGAGGGAGUGAUCAGCGAAGGCCCGACUGUACGGGUCCAAUUCAUAACAGACCAACCGAACAACCACAACACUGGAUUUAACAUCCGUUUUGAAGCGUUCGAGAAGGGCCACUGUUACGAGCCGUACAUCCAGAACGGGAAUUUUAGUGCCACAGACCCAACAUACGCCGUCGGGACAGUUGUGCAGUUCUCAUGUGACCCCGGGCACUCGCUGGAGCAGGGCCCACCUGUCAUUGAGUGUAUCAACACACGAGACCCAUACUGGAACGAUACAGAGCCGCUCUGCAAAGCUCUCUGUGGUGGCGACCUGUCGGGCCCCAGCGGCGUUAUUCUGUCUCCGAACUGGCCCGAGUGGUACGGCGAGGGUGAAGACUGCAGCUGGAGGAUUCACGUCGGCGAGGACAAACGCGUCCUGCUCGACGUGCAGCUCUUGAACCUGAGCGACAGUGAUAUGUUAACUAUUCUGGAUGGGGACGAGGUCACAACACGUAUUCUGGGCCAGUUCGUAGGAGGCACCAGCCCGUUUAAGAUGUCCUCCUCGACUCCUGACCUCACCGUCACUUUCCAUUCAGACCCAGCCGGUCUGGUGUUCGGAAAGGGCGAGGGCUUCAUCAUCAACUACAUAGAGGUGUCACGCAAUGACUCUUGUCCGGACCUGCCCGAGAUCCAGAACGGAUGGAAGACCACAUCUCACGCUGCGCUGGUGCGAGGUGCCCGCAUCACGUACCAGUGCGACCCGGGCUAUGACCUGGUGGGCAGUGAAACGCUAACCUGUCAGGUGGACCUCAGCUGGAACACCCAGCCUCCCUUUUGUGAGAAGAUUAUGUACUGCACAGACCCGGGUCACGUGGAACAUUCCACACGAACGCUGUCUGAUCCCAAACUGCUUGUUGGCACCACCAUCCAAUACAGCUGCAUUCCCGGAUUCGUCCUGCAGGGCGGCGCCACACUCACUUGCUACGGCCGUGAGCCUGGAACUCCCGUGUGGACGUCUCGUUUGCCGCAUUGUGUUUCGGAGGAGUCUGUGUCCUGUGAAAAUCCAGGACUUCCUGACAAUGGCUACCAGAUUUUGUCUAAAAGACUUUAUCUGCCCGGAGAGUCUCUAACAUUCAUGUGCUACCAAGGCUAUGAGCUAAUUGGUGAGAUGGCGAUCAAGUGCAUUCUGGGAAAUCCCUCUUUUUGGAGUGGGCCAUUACCACUUUGUAAAGGCACUCAUGAAUGCUCUGGCAAUCAUGCAUUAGAAGUGGCUAAGGCUGCGACCGAUUCCUCUUUCGAUGGAGGGAGCAUGGCUCUAAUCAUAUUUAUACUGGUGCUGCUGGUAUCUGUUUUAGUGGGAGGGGCCUACCUCUAUGUCACAAGGUGCAGAUAUCAUUCGAACCUGAGACUGCCUCUCAUGUAUCCUCAUCCUUACAGCCAAAUCACAGUGGAAACUGAGUUUGACAACCCUCUUUAUGAGACCGGAGGGGACACGAGAGAAUACGAGGUGUCCAUAUGAAGAGGCCUACAGACACAUCCUGUAUUGCUUCAGCGCUUAGAGGAAGUGAUGUAAAUAGCUCCUGACAAUUUCCACUUUCCCCGCCUCCCCAACCUCCAGAGAAACGUUCAUCAGUCGAUCGAUCGAGAAAGGGUCGUGAAUGGAGAUUGUGUCAGGAGGGGCUGUGAAACAGGAAGUAUCAGAAAUUGGUUGGCCAGUAAAAUUUACUGUGGUUUAACGGCACGUUUGCACUCGCAGCGGGAGGUUUUCAUUGUAACGUUCAAAACGUGUGUACCGUAUGUGUGAGCGUAUAUGUGUGAUAUGACAAAACGAGAGGAAACGGGCGAUUUCGCACAUUGUUCUCGCGCCGCAAUGCCUUGACUUACGGGACCUGGAGUAUGUGAAGCGAUCUAAAGGGAUUGUGGUGGCGCUGUCUGUGUCUUUCUGUGGCCCGUCCUGCCUGCUGUCAUUUUUAAGUCUUUGUACUUAGAGCAGUUUGUAGUGCAGGAUUAAAGUAGUAUUUUUCCCUGCAAGUGAUGUCACGGUACAGCAGAGAGAAAAGAUGUAUUUAUUUUGAAGUAUGUGUGAAAUGUUCUCUGCUGGUUAAUAAAUACUUCAUUUUGGAGAUCAAGAAAAAAAUGUAACAGAUUUCUCUAAGGAAAUGAUUAAAAAAAUAAAUACAUAUAAAUCUUUUUUUAAUA